AUGGAUGCGUCACAACCUCAACCAGCGCAGCCCGAAAAGCAGCGUUCAGCAUCUAGCACAUCACAGACGGCGAACAGCGGCGUAAAGCGGAUAUCCAAAGCUGCAAAGGCCGCGCAAGGCUGGCGUCUCAUAUGGGCACGGAAUCUCGACUUCGACAGCCAUCAGAUCCCGAGGUCCGAGGGCAGUGAACUGAUGCUUUACCUCAAGCCAGAUGGGCAAAAAGGAUUUCGUAUUGUUGCCUAUGAUGACGUUAGUGGCCACUACCAAACACACGCAUCUAUUACGCCUCAAGACGUGGUCAAGGUCUGGUUAGACAAAGACGGUCUCAUUCGGCUGGAGGGGUCACGAAAUCAAGAUGGAAAUCAGCGCAUCGUCGAUUUGGAAUUCUCUUCUACAGCAGAUUUUGAAGAAUUCCGCGAUAAUCACGUUGCUGCUCUCUCAGGCCGCGGUCUUCCUGAGCCCAAAGAAGAAAAGCAUAUGCGAUUGUUCUUCAGCAAAAAACUGAACAAGAACAACAAGGUUGGAACUUCAAAUCUCGUCGAUGACACACGUCUGGUAGCGGACGGCGAGGUGUUCACCGAAAAUCAGCCUAAGAAACGUUCUGUUUUCGAGAUCUUGCAAAACCGCAAUCCCCCUUCUCUUACAUCCGCAGCAUCGGCUGGAACAACGCAGUCGUCUAUUCGACCUGCUCGUUCAACCCGCGCAUCAGCACCAACACAUGAUAUUGAAGAUGAAGAGCACGGCAACAGUAUUGAAAAGUACUCCGAAGUCACUGGCCUCGGUAAGCGGUGGCGCGACCCCCUGGUCUUCAAUGAAGGUCGUUUCAGAGCGACUGUCGACUUCCAUGAUUUGCUUCGCCUGGAUGAGGGAGAGUUCCUGAACGACAAUCUGAUCGACUUUUACAUGAUCUAUUGUUUCAAGCAGAACAAUGUUCCCCAGGACAAGGUUUUCUUCUUCAAUACCUUCUUCUACAGUAGACUUACUGAAAACACUGGGCGUGCUUCCAUAAAUUACAAUGCCGUCAAACGAUGGACCUCUAAGAUCGACAUCUUCAAUUACGAUUACGUCGUUGUACCAAUCAAUGAAGACACUCACUGGUACCUUGCCAUCAUCUGCAAUAUCGGUAACAUAAAACGGAAGGCGAUCGAGGAAGAUUUCGGCGACAGUUCAACACAAGAUGUCGCGGCUGAAGCCACGGCGGUAGACGACCAGGCCCUAUCAAAGACAGCCGAGAAACCUACAGAGCCAGAGCUGGGUGACACAUCAAACUUGCCACUCUCUUCGCGAGCGCCCUCAGUUGAGCAAGUAGACAACAACGUUAACUUAUUUGACGAAAAGUCGGAGCUUGAUCUCAUCGACCGCGAAGCUGGGCCCGGAGAAGAGAAACAGCAAGCAUCUACUCACGUCUCACAUGUGCCAGAGCCAGCGCAGCAAGACACUGUCCAGGAACCAUCGACUAUUCUCAGUCAGACUGACGGCCCCAAGACAGUGCUGUCCAACCUGAACACAUCGUCAAGGAAGAAGCCCAAGCGCCGCUCGAUAGCACCUAAGAAAGAUCCCAAUCAGCCAAUCAUCAUUGUCCUAGACUCGUUAAGUCAAACUCGAAGCUCAGCAGUGCGGGCUCUCAAAGAUUGGGUCGCAGCAGAGGGCGCGGAAAGACGCAGCAUGGAGGCAGUGAUUCGCGAGAACGGCUACUACCCAAAGGGCGACCAGAUCCCCACGCAGAGUAACUUCAGCGACUGUGGUGUCUACCUUAUGGGCUACGCGGAGAGGUUCUUCCAAGACCCUGAUGAAUUCAAGACGAAGCUGCUACUCGGAGAGAUGACAGCAGAAGAGGAUUGGCCUCAGUUGAAGCCCGCGGAGAUGAGGAACAAUCUUCGCGACAUUCUGUUUGGACUCGCGACUGAACAAGAGCUUACGGAACCAAAGAAGAAGAGAGGCAAGAAGGCCGCGGGUGUGAGUCGUGCGCCACCUCAGCCAACCGUGGAGCCUGUUAAGACUGGAGCCUCGCCAGCGCUGCCAGAAGUAUCGAAAGUUACGAACCCGGAUGAGGCAUCGAAAAUUGAUGCAGCUGCACACUCCGUUCCAGGGGAAUCGUUAGAGGACAUUCCCCACAAACCUACUAUGCCGCGACUGGGAUCUCCGUUCAAGCUCAAACCGCUCACAUCAAAGUCUGUGUCUAAUGCAGAUCUGUCCGAUACUCUCAGCAAACAGGAUGUCUCUUCGUCAAUAUCGCCUGCCAAAACUGCCACCACUACCACUGGGCAACAGCAGACACCGGGAAGACGCACUCAUCCAGAAGUCCGAAUCCCAAAGCACUCACCAGGGUCACAUCUGCCCCUUCAUGAUCAUGAAGUCGGGCCCGAAGUGGCUCAAACCAAUGGUGUGCAACGUCAGACAAAGCCAGCCAGUCGAUCGAUUAGUCCGCUCAAGAGGGCAAGGGAUUCAGGGGAAGAUGACGAGCUGCGGACGCUACCGAAGAAGAAGAUUUCGGUCGAACGAAAGCUCGCUAGCCCGCCGAUUGCACCUCCACAAGAAGGCCAUUCCGAUCGCCCCAUCGAAAUUGUGGAUUCGCAAGAAUCCCGACCAAAGGCUACGCAAUCGCCCCGAAGUGUGCAUCGUGGCUCGCCUGCAAACCGAAAGCAGCAUUUCAAGUCACCUCGUGCAGCACGAACGCUAUCUCAUGCCCCAUCGAUUGAAGAGAUUUCAUCGUUCCCAUUAAGCACGAUACAGCGAAGAUACGUUGACCCAGAGAAUUGUGUCGAUGAAAAACUGGUCGCCAAACUUAACGCCGACGACAAGCAAAGGCAGAAUCUAGCGCCUCCGCAGCUAGGAUCGAGAGAGUCACUAAUGGGGCUGGACUACGCUGGGGAAGAUGCUAUUGAGCCAAUGGACGUAGAUUCUCGCGGCAACGACCCGAUGGACGUUGCUGACGAUGUCGUUGGCGAAACUCCAUCGCCACUGAGGGGCAGUCCUCGUACUAAGAGACCGUGGGUGAAGGGGGAUAUACUUCCUUUUUGA